ACCUUUUCUUUAGAACAUUUUGUGAAUUAAGGAAGUCAUACUGUUUUGUUAACCUGUUGGAAAAAGAGCUUUUUGUUCCGUCGUUACAGUCAGAAAAAGUAAGGAUUUAGUAUCUGUGACCCAUUAUGUAUUCUUAAGCAGUUGUGACAAAAGAUGCUGCUGUUUGUCUGAUGCUCUUCUGAAAUACAACUUAGGUCACAUGAUUUUAAUCAUGCUGCUAAAGUUUGACCACAUGCUUUCACUUCUGCAUAAACGUAUCCAGUUUCUUGCCAACUGCACAGACUUUUGUCAAUCAUUUUCAGUCUUCGGCUCUACACCUGGUUUAAAGCUUGCUUCAUCUUGCUCCCCGUGAAACAUUUAAGAUACACUCCAUACCUAUAAUGGCUAUGUUGAAGAAGAUCCUUAUCCUUUGUCUACUUCUCCCAUCAGUGAGGACUAUAAUCACCAGAUUCUUCCCGUGUGAGACGGAUGUGAACAAUACCACAGUGGACUGCUAUGACAGACCGAUCACGCAUAUCCCGCACAUCAAGUCUAAAACUGUAAUUUCAAUCAAUUUAAGUAAGACUAAGAUACAGCAAGUGGAGCAGGAUGCUUUUUCAGGUGUUCCAAACCUCAACACUCUGAAAAUAAUGGGAAACUGUCAACCAGGUCACCUGAGACCUUUGGAGGACCACUCAUGUGAGAUGAAGAUCGACAAUAACGCCUUCAAGGAACUACAGAAGCUUCAAUUUUUGUAUUUGUCAGGAAACAGCCUCACUUCUAUUCCCCUGUUACCUAAAAGCCUGAAGUUACUUGAUCUACAGAAUAAUCGUAUCUUCCACAUCGUUAACCCCCUGAAAACACCUUAUCUCGAACAGCUCUUACUCACAAGGAACUGCUAUUAUGCAAACCCUUGCAAACAGUCUUUUUACAUCAGCGAGAGGGUUUUCAGAGAGCUCCCUAAACUGAAAAACCUUACCCUGGGUUAUAAUAAUUUGACUACUAUCCCUAAAGGGUUGCCACCCUCUCUAGAGAGCCUGGAUUUAAAGGAGAACACAAUCACAGAGGUCUUAGACAGAGCUUUUGCUAACUUGACUGUCCUCAAGUAUUUGAAUUUGGAGUGGAAUUGCCAGCGUUGUGACCACGCAGCCAGGCCGUGCUUCCCUUGCCCCAAUAAUCUCCCACUUCACCUCCAUCCAAACUCAUUCUAUGCUGAAAACAGCUCCAUCACUUUCCUAAGCUUAAGAGGGAACUCUUUGAAAACAUUCCCAGAGGGUCUUUUCCAACCUUUGAAAAAGUUACAUAGUAUAGACCUCUCUGACAAUCUCCUGGCAUAUGCUAUACGUACGGGCACCUUCUUUUCAGAGCUGAAGGGCCUCACUUGGAUAAGCCUUAUCUAUAACUACGAACCACUGAAAACAUUUCCUGAACUGAUCCUUUCUCCAAAUGUUAGCGACAUAUCUGGGCUACAAGCGCUUCUUCUCAGUGGUAACUUUUUCCACAAGGUUUCGGAUGAGAGCUUUAACGUUCUGUACAAACUCCAAAAUCUAAGAAAACUAGAGCUGAGAAUGAAUUUCAUCAAUACUUGUAAUUUGACAGCUCUGAGACAGUUACCGUCUCUCAUUAAGGUUGACCUCUCCCAAAACAUGCUUGACUUCCUUCCAUGUUGCUCGAGUCUGUCAUCUGAGAACGUGGCACAAGAAAGUUGUCAAAACCAAAAAUUGCAUACACUGAAUCUUCCUGAUCCAUCACUCAUGCUGUUUGACCGAGAAGCAACAUCUGGAGAGGACAUUUCUGAUUCAAAUCAGUCACCCAGGUUGGAAAUGUCUGAGGACAAUGUGUCUGGAAUUCCAUCACUAUGGGACUUCAGAAACCAAUUGUGCGGACAGAAUCUUACAUUCGACCUCUCUCAAAAUAACAUUCUGUCUUUAAACAAAAAGGUGUUUGAGGGCAUGGAAAAUGUUUUUUGUUUAAACCUUUCCUACAAUUACAUGAGUCAAACACUGAAGCAAGGGCUGUUUGAGAAUAUGAAAAAAUUAGUUUUUCUUGAUAUGUCCUACAACAGACUUGAUUUUUAUUAUAGAGAAGCUUUCAGUGAGCUUAGUGCCACACUGAAGGUGUUGGACAUUAGUAACAAUGAUUUUCACUUCAAUAUGAGGGGAAUGGGCCAUCGUUUAGACUUUCUCCAGAAUCUGACCAACCUGGAGGUGUUGAGUCUGGCAAAUAAUGGCAUUGGGAUGCGAAUAAAUCAAAGGCUGAUCAGCACCUCUUUGAAGUUCCUUUACUUUAAUGGAAACCACUUGGACAUAAUGUGGAAUUUUGAUAACAACAAAUACACUCAUUUCUUCCAAAACCUGGCAAACCUUGCCUACCUGGACAUCUCUAAGAAUGAACUGAUGUCUAUCUCACCAGAAGUUUUGUGUAGCCUCCCAAGAAGCAUUAAGUACCUUAGCAUUAGCAACAAUCUAUUAAACUAUUUCCCAUGGCUUAACAUCUCAGCACUCAGCAAUUUACGUUACCUGGACCUCAGUCAAAACUACCUCACUAACUUGCCUUCUGAAGUCAUUGAAUUUGGAGAGAAUUUUGCUCACUUGGACCUCAGUCACAAUCGCCUCAGUUGCAUUCCUGAGGAUUUCUUAAGUAAGGCAGAGUCCUUGCAAUAUCUGUAUCUGAGCCACAAUCAGAUCAAAGAGUUGAAUCGUCAGUUUCUCCCUGCCCCUUUUCAAAAUGGCAGUGCCCUUCAGAAACUCACCCUGCAUGCAAACCCAUUUAAAUGUGACUGUGAUACAUCAUGGUUUGCAGACUUCUUGCGUACAACGCCAAUACACAUUCCUUAUCUAUUUACCCAAAUACACUGUGGCUAUCCGGAGUCUCAACAAGGGGAGAGCAUACUCCAUAUGGAUCAACAUUCCUGCCAGGACAUUUAUGGUAGCUUAGCAUGCCUCGUCUGCUCCUUCCUGACUGUGACAUUCACUGUUCUACCUCUGCUUAAGCAUCUCUAUGGCUGGGAUCUGUGGUAUUGCUUACAGGUACUCUGGGCAGGACACAAGGGCCACUCCCAGCUGGUUAGAAGUGAUUCACCAUAUCACUAUGAUGCAUUUGUGGUGUUUGAUACUAGGAACCAUGCUGUGAGGGAUUGGGUCUACAAUGAGUUAACUGACAAUCUGGAGAAUUCAGGUCACAGGAGAUUUUGUCUCUGUCUGGAGGAGAGGGACUGGAUUCCUGGUCUUUCUUGUAUAGAAAAUCUAUACAAUGCUGUCUACGGCAGUGUGAAGACAGUGUUUGUGCUGUCCAGUGGUCCUAGUGGUGAUGACACGGUGAAUGGCGUGAUCCGCCAGGCUUUCUACAUGGUUCAGCAGCGGCUUCUGGAUGAGAAGGUGGAUGUAGCUGUGCUGGUUCUAUUGGAUGAGAUGUUUCCCAAACUGAAGUACCUGCAGCUGAGGAAAAGGCUGUGCAGAAAGUCUGUGUUGUCAUGGCCAAGAAACCCGAGGGCACAACCCCUUUUCUGGAACCAAGUUAGAAUGGCAUUGUCAUCAGAUAACCUUAAAUUCUAUGACAACAACAUGAGUGAAGGUUUUAUUUGACUACCUUUCAACAGCUGAUAAAACGCACAUAGACAUACAAGUACUUAAAAUGUACAAUCUUGCCAUUACCUCACUUUGAGACUUAGCCCUUAGUUGUGUCAUAUCGAGAUAUCACUGAUGUUUAAUAUCAUGUUUUUAUUAAAAGAAAAGUUACUUAUUCAUGGUUAUAUCUAAAUUUGAAGAUUGUUCUCUGUUGUUUAUCAAAAUUAAACAUGAAUUGUUUAAAUUCCUCUCUUA